CAUCAAUCGUCGCAAAACGAAGUCAUCAUCCAUGGCUACACUGCUACCUAUAGAGAUACAGCAAGACUUCUAUACUCCUCCCUACUAAGCGAUGGAGACAAGAGCAGCAAAUCAUGUUGCUGCGGAGGAGCACAGGUGCGACUUGGCAAAAAGUUCGCGAAUGAAAAAGGCAAGAUCUGUCGAUUUUGGACGAUUUCUUCGGUCCAGUCUUCGGAAUCCGGCUGAUAGCUCCACCGUUGUAGCAUCGGCCUUCAGCCAAAGAGCUGCAAGGGACAACUUUUCUAACUGUACCUCUGUUUUCGCGCCAUCCCUGUCAGAACAGUGCUCCGCAACAGCUACUACAGACAAUUUGUUACUACGAAAAGGCUGGCCGAACGGAACCGCCAUUUCCGCCGCUUCUUCAUUUCCCCCGUCGGCGUCCAGCUUCCCCAUCGGAACGUGGACUCUUGGCAAGCUUUCUGUCUUAGUUUUAGCGCUAGCAUCUUUGACAGAUUUAGCACUUUCUCACAUAUACCGACUAGAAUCACCAGCAGACUUCUAUGACGCUCUGUCCGCCGAUGUUAUUCGACCGCCCUUUCGGUAUAAGUCGAGUACAUCCAUUGCACGCACACGGUCUAGCCUUGGUUCUGCUGCGAUUAGUUCUGUCACAGAAUUUCUUUCCCCAAUCCUUCCCUUUACUGGCGGGUUGGAUCUGAGAAGGGAAGAUUAUUGGACAACUUCAGGAAGCUGGCUAGAAACAUUGGAGUCCUUGACGAGACAAAUCCAAGAGGCGCUGUUUUCGUCGGACGAUGACCGGACAAGUCUACUCAGCAGUAUAUCGCUUAUUCGUAGCGGAAGUCUCUCCAACAAGAUGUCGCCGCGGGUCCACACUAAGGGAAGAAAUACGGGCACUUUUACGAAGCAUGUGUCAUCUAUUUCAGCUCAGAAACCGUUCUUCAGCGAAGAUGAGAUCGCUGAGCUUUCUCUCGGCGAGGUAGCGCAGGCCUUCCGAUAUGCGUCAGAAAGCUCGUCCACAGAUUUCAACGAGGAUAAGUUUUUGAACAGCUUGACCACCCGAGUGCGCAGAAUGAUUCUCUCCAUCAGGGAAGCUGUCUCCGAGUCGCGCGGCAUCGAUGUCGAAGAUGCCUGUGUUUUGACGAAGAAUCAUCGAGUGAAUGGAAGCGUCGAUGCGCUGAAAUUUUCGGCCGCUAUGAGAAUAUUUGCGGAAUGGCGUAUCCUCCGGCAGGUUCCAGAAGGAUACAAGGGAUAUGCUGUUGGAAUGAAUCUUGGUCAUAAGGAUGUCGUCCAAAACGUUGCAAAGAUUGAACAGGCAGUUCAUUCUUGGCUAGACAAUCAACGAGACUUGCGUUCGCUAUCAGAAAUCGAAUCGCAAACCGGCUGCCCUAUAAUUGAAUUGAGAUCCUCGAAUCUUUGCUCGCCAACGAUUCGAGAGCUAAUGCAAGACGAAGUUGACAUGGACAUUCAUCCAACAAAUCGUCUACCUCGCCUGAAAGAAAAAACCGCGGCGAUGGGCAUUCUUUGGGUGAGACGACAGCUACAUUACCAAACAGGUGUUUUUGGCAAUCUGUUAGUCGUACCGGAAAGCUUUCCGACAACAGAGAGAGCAGUGGCGUCGGCCUAUAAGGAGGUUUACGACAAGUAUCAUGGUUGGGCUGUACAAAAGAUUUUCAGCUACUCUUUUCAAUCAGCACCAAAGGCAGAAGAAAUCUACCAGCAUAUGAACCCAGAACGGCUGAAAGAAGUCAAGGCUGCCGCUGAUGAAUUGGUGUUGCAUUUUGACUCUGAAUCACGAUGUUCAGCCAAAGGAAUGAACAUUUCGCCUAAGGGCAAUCUGAUUGAUGUCAUUUUACUGAACGCUAGUAGGGAAUUCGAGAAUCUUGUAGAGGCUUUUCUACAGCUUGUCAAUUCUGGCAUGGCAUCACCAGGUUCUGACGUUCGAGGUGGCGGCUGCAACAUUCACAGCUCGGAUGAAAAUGACAGAGAAUCGUUCAUUGCCAAGGAAAUGAUCAAGGAUGCACACAAGCACAUUGAGUUUUACCUAGAGGUUGUCCGUCCACUCUUGGAUGACCUUGCCCUAGUUUUUGAUGAGCUCAAUAUGGACGAUCCCACCAAGGUUUAAGUCCACUUAAUGU